UUUAAUUUAUUUUUUCUAAUGCUUUUUAGUUUUUUACAGAAUUUUAUGCAAAAAAGUGUUGCCACUACAAACUUUCUUCAUCCUAGAGUUGUGCAUCAUAGAAGAAAUUUGGCAACUGCAAAGGCAGCAGUAGAUCAAAUUCUUCGUGCAAAUGAAAGGACAAUUAUAUUUUCUGGUGAUGAACAACAGGCAAUUGCUCGAGUGGAUGUCGGCCAGGUUUCAGCGAACAAGCCUAUAGAGGAUUUCUACUCUGCUUCAAAAUGCUUAAAUUCGAAUGCCUUUCUUCUUGGAGUUUUUGAUGGACAUGGAGGAGCGACUUGUGCUAGGCAUGUUUGUACACGUCUUUACGACUAUAUUUGUUGUUCGGUUUUGGAUAAACAUCGUGUUGUUCACAUGCCAAUAGGAGAACAACUUCAAUGGCUUUUUGGCAGUGCUACUCCGUCCCUUCCAGCUGAUAUUGACCAAGUACAUCAGCGAAAUAUAAGAGAAUAUUUUAAAAGAAUUAAAAAGAAAAGCAAUUGUCCACUUACGACAGUCCGGGAUACUCUCCAAACUUCUUUUUCAGUUUUGGAUGAGGACUUGGCAAAAAGUGCAAUGCCUGACCAAAAUGGAUUGGUUUGCAGAAUGUCUGUAAAUGCGGCUGUUAGCGGAUCAUCAUCCUGUGGAGAUUCUGCAGCUGUUCUUGGUGUUCAUUUGGCAAAUGAUGUAAUUGCACGACAAUUGACAAGGCCGCAUACAGUUGAAAAUUUGGAUGAAAUUGCUAGGAUUCGUUCUGCACAUCCCCCUUCAGAAAAUCGAACAAUACUUAAAGCCAAUCGUUUACUUGGAGAGCUUUAUCCUCUUAGAGCAUUUGGCGAUGUUCGGUUUAAAUGGCCAAAAGAAUUACAAAAAGUUGUACUUGACCCCCUUGGAAUGCCUGCACCUCAACAUUUAUUAACACCUCCAUAUUUGACUUGCCUCCCAGAAGUUUUUUAUCAUCAAUUGACAUCCAAUGACCGUUUUUUGGUGCUAGCAACAGAUGGUAAAGCAAAGAGAUUAAUUUUUACGCUAGAAAAAAUUUUUUUGAGGUCUGUGGGAAUUCUUAGAUUCAGAUGCAGUUGUUAG